CCUUCCCCAUUCUCCACAUCACACCUCUCCUCUCCGCUCUUAUACGAAGGCGACAACGGCAUAGUAAAGCAGUGGCGCAGAAGCGCUUUCCGAUAGGCCGAUUCCGAAAUGGCUGUCAACGUUAGGGCGAGGAGAGUCAGUGACCUGUUCGGCAGCGAGGCAAAGGCCCGGCUUGUCGGAGGUGGAGGGGGCCGCGAUCCCCGCCACCUCAGCUACGCCAGCAGCGGGAGCGAGCACGAGGCCGAGUGCGACUCCCCGUGCCUGUCCGAGCUCGUGUACGGCUUCCUCGAGGACGACGAUGACUCGGCGUCAGGGGCCGGGGCGUCCCCGGACUACGACUCGGACUCUGACCGGGCCGACUUGGUCGCCGACUGUACGGACGAGGUCGAGGGCGUCGUCCGGCAGGCCUUAUCCGGCAAUGUGGACUCCUACGGGAGGCUGCUCCACGGGCACGUGCUGGCGGCGGCGGAGGCGUUCAAGUGCCUGAGAUCGGACAAGGCUCUCUUCCGGCGGAGGGUUAUGAUCGCCCUGCGGGAGAUCGGACACAAUGCGGCGAUCUGCAAGACGAGGUGGUCCGCCUCCGGCGGACUCAACGCCGGCAACCACGAGUUCGUCGACGUGAUCCAACCCGCCGGAUGGCCGUCCGGGCUUCCGCGGCAGCUGGAGCAGGAGCAGAUCCGGUACCUGGUCGACGUGGACUUCGCCGGCGAGUUCGAGGUCGCCCGGCCGACGGAUCAGUACUCCAAGCUCCUAAACCUCCUACCUAGGGUCUUCGUCGGACGGGGCGACGACCUGAAGCGGAUAGCGCGGGCGAUGUCCGCUGCCGCCAAGCGGUCGCUCAAGAGCCGGGGCCUCUCCCUCCCGCCCUGGAAGAAGAACCGGUACAUGCAGAACAAGUGGCUCGGCCCGUACCGCCGGACGGUGAACCCAACCCCUGCGGGUUCCUUGACACCAGCGGUGUCUUCCGUCAAGUGCCGGGCGGUCGGCUUCGACGACGCGAUCAACGGCCCCAUGUCCGUACGAACGAGAUAAAACGCGGAGCCGGUGGGCUAAACAUAAAAAAUAAGAUAACUUAUCCGAAAAUCUUUUCGGGAUUUGUUUUGAAUUAUUAAUAGAUCUGGGGGCUCUUUUGUAAAUAAAAAUAAUGAGAUAGGAUUAUAUACAAUAGAGUAGUGCUUUUACGCGGCAAAUGAACGUCGGGUCGGGGGGUGUUGGCGGCGGACAGUAAGGGCCCGAUCACGUGUGACGCGGAAGCUAGUGUGACCGUUGUGCCCUAAUAUAAGUACUGAUCACAGUCGACGUUUUUUCUCAAAUUUUUUCGCAUUAUUCUUUCGAUGAGAUUAAAAUUGGAACAUGAAGAUCUGCGAUCGGGUGUCAAA